AUGGCUACGGUUACUCCUACCUCUAUCAGCAAACCAUGGCUCAUUCCUGGAGCUACUUUUACUGUAAAGAAGAAUGACUGCUCCAUCAAAUGUUGCUUCUCUCGUAAAGCUAGCAAACAGAUACCAUCGUCAACUCAAAGACUGGUCCUUCCUCUUUCAACUUCGCUUAAACUGUUUCCUACUCACGGACGGCAGUUUGUGUUGCAUCCUCAUCGUAUUAGAGCCACAGAGACUGAUGUUGUUGCAGCAGUAGAGGGACAAGAUUCUCCUCCUGUUGCGGAAACCGAUUCAAAUGACAACUCAGAUACUGCUGCUCCUGCAGCAGCUCCUGCUACAACUCAGUCAAGGGGAGCAGCAAGACCUGGAAGGAAGAGUGAAAUGCCUGCGGUCAAGAACGAGGAGCUUGUUGCUGGUGCUACCUUCACUGGGAAAGUAAGAGCGAUUCAGCCCUUUGGUGCUUUUGUAGAUUUUGGUGCUUUCACUGAUGGAUUAGUCCAUGUCUCUCAAUUGAGUGACACCUUUGUGAAAGAUGUUGCGAGUGUUGUCACUAUUGGGCAAGAGGUGAAAGUAAGGUUGGUUGAAGCUGACAUUGAGGGUAAACGUAUUUCUCUCACUAUGCGUUCCAGUGAUGAUCCUUCUAAACGCCAGUCCGGUGGUGGUGGUGGUGGUGGUAGUGAUAAUAAGCCGAGGCCAGGAGGGAAAAGGAAUGCUUCAAAAGGAGGAGGUGGGAAGAAGGAAGAUGGGUUCAGCUCAAAGUAUGUGAAAGGGCAGAUGUUGGAUGGGACGGUGAAGAAUUUGACGAGGUCAGGAGCGUUUAUAACGAUUGGUGAAGGUGAAGAAGGGUUCUUACCUACGAAUGAGGAAGCAGAUGAUGGGAUUGGGAGCAUGAUGAUGGGUGGUGGCUCUUCGUUGCAAGCUGGACAGGAGGUUAAGGUUCGUGUGCUGAGAAUAGCGAGAGGACGUGUUACUUUAACGAUGAAAGAGGAAGAUGAUGGUAAGUUUGAUGAAACGCUUAGUCAAGGGGUUGUGCAUACAGCCACGAAUCCGUUUGUGCUUGCUUUCCGUAAGAACGAGGAGAUUGCUGCGUUUCUUGACAAGAGGGAGGAAGAAGCUGAGAAACCAGUAGAGGCUGUGAAGGAAUCAGAAGAAGCUGAAGCAUCUGUCACCUCUAAGAAAGGUGAAGAAACAAGUGAAGAGGUUCUUUCAUCAGAAACUCCCAAGGUAGAACAAGAAGAAGUGAUUGAGACCAAAGCUGAAGAUGAUUCGCAGGAGACAGAAGAGCAAACUGAAACAGUUGCUUCAGUAACUGAAGUUGAGGAGGUUGAAAAGGUUGAGGAAACGCCUGAGCUUCCACCAGUUCCAGAAACUAAAAACGUUGAGAAGAAGGAGGAAGUGGUGGCCGAAAAACCUGUUGCUGAAACCGUACCUGAUGAAGUUUCACCUUCAGAAGAUGUAGCAAGUGAAGACGCUGAGAAGAAGGAGGAAGUGGUGGCGGAAGUACCUGUUGCUGAAGCCGAGACUCCUGCCCCUGUAGUCACAGAAGCUUCUUCUGAGGAAAGUGGCAUCAAAGCUGGCAUUUCACCGGCCUUAGUGAAGCAGCUUAGAGAAGAAACAGGAGCGGGAAUGAUGGACUGCAAGAAUGCGCUCUUGGAGAGCGAGGGCGAUAUGGUGAAAGCUCAAGAGUACCUCCGCAAGAAGGGACUAGCGAGCGCAGACAAGAAAGCCAGCAGAGCCACAGCCGAGGGGAGAAUCGGUUCGUAUAUCCAUGACAGCAGAAUCGGUGUCCUCUUGGAGGUUAACUGUGAGACAGACUUUGUCUCACGCGGUGACAUUUUCAAGGAACUGGUUGAUGAUCUGGCGAUGCAGGUGGCUGCGUGCCCUCAAGUAGAGUACCUUGUACCAGAAGAUGUUUCCGAAGAAAUUGUGAAGAAGGAAAAAGAGAUAGAGAUGCAAAAGGAAGAUCUUCUGUCGAAACCGGAGCAGAUAAGGGAGAAGAUAGUGGAAGGUCGGAUAAAGAAGAGGGUAGACGCACUUGCAUUGCUGGAGCAACCAUACAUUAAAGACGAUAAGGUGAUAGUGAAGGACCUUGUAAAGCAGAGGAUUGCAACCAUUGGAGAAAACAUCAAGGUGAAGAGAUUCAUUAGGUACACUCUCGGAGAAGGCCUUGAGAAGAAAAGUCAGGACUUUGCUGCUGAGGUUGCUGCUCAAACCGCAGCUAAACCAAAAGCCGAACCAGAGAAAGAACAGCCAAAAGCUGAAGAGCCCAAGGAAGCUGUCCCAAGUCCACCAACUACGGUCGUUUCAGCUGGUCUUGUGAAGCAGCUGCGUGAAGAAACAGGAGCAGGAAUGAUGGAUUGCAAGAAGGCGUUGGCAGAGACAGGAGGAGAUCUUGAGAAAGCACAAGAAUACCUCAGAAAGAAAGGUCUUUCAACAGCUGAUAAGAAAUCAAGCAGGCUUGCAGCUGAAGGGAGAAUUGGUUCAUACAUCCAUGAUGCUCGCAUUGGAGUCCUCAUAGAAGUGAACUGCGAGACUGAUUUCGUUGGAAGAAGCGAAAAGUUCAAGGAACUGGUUGAUGAUCUUGCAAUGCAAGCAGUGGCUAAUCCACAGGUGCAAUAUGUAUCCAUUGAGGAUAUUCCAGAGGAGAUAAAGCAGAAAGAAAAGGAGAUUGAGAUGCAAAGAGAGGAUCUCUUGUCUAAACCAGAGAACAUAAAGGAGAAGAUUGUUGAAGGAAGGAUCUCAAAGAGGCUUGGAGAAAUGGCAUUGCUUGAGCAGCCUUUCAUUAAAGAUGAUAGCGUUCUGGUCAAGGAUCUUGUGAAGCAAACUGUGGCUACUCUUGGUGAAAACAUCAAAGUCAGGAGGUUUGUGAAGUUUACCCUUGGAGAAGACAACUGA